ACAUCCGGGGGUAUCCUCCGCUCUCUCUCUCUCUCCUCAGCGUCCCGCAUAAUCGACAGCAGCACUAGCCUCCGCGAGGGUGACAUCGCCGUGUCAACGGGCCGCAGGUCCAAGACCUGCUUCGCCAAGAGCUGCCAGUGGGCCAAGUCUGUGGACGGACACGUGUACAUCGCCUACCGCAUCGCACCGCAGUACACCGAAGCAGAGACAAAGGUCAUCAAGAAGGGGAUGGAGAACAUAGAGAAGGGCACCUGUGUGCGCUUCGUUCCGCGGACACACCAGAGAGACUACCUGGACAUUCAGUCCAAGUCAGGGUGCUGGUCCUACCUGGGAGUCCGCGGAGGUCGGCAGACCCUGUCGCUGCAGAGCCCUCACUGCAUGCGGACCGGAGUGACCUCCCACGAGCUCAUGCACUCUAUGGGCUUCGUGCAUGAGCAGUCCCGCGUGGACAGAGACAAAUACGUCACCAUCAUGUGGCCGAAUAUCUACAGAGACCGUUUGAGGAACUUUGAAAAAUUCAAGACAGACAACAUGGAUCUGCCCUAUGACUACGGCUCAAUCAUGCACUUUGGAAGGUACGCUUAUUCUGAAGUCGGUCAGCCGACAAUUAUGCCCAAAGACCCCAACGUUCGGCUGGGGAUGGGCUCGGCCCCAAGCCACAUCGACAAGAUGAAAAUCAACCGCCUUUACAAGUGUGCUGAUUUGGAUGAUUGACCACCAGAAUGCGAUUGAGCCUGGGAAAAAUGCCUAUAAGAAAGUUAAAUCAUGCGACAUUUUCAAUAAAUAUGAAUUCAA